GCAGGCUCUUCGCCCGUCGCCCGCCCUCCGGUGCCUUCCGCGCGCGCCCCCGCUGCCACGCCUAAAAUGACUAACGUGUGAUUGCAGUGGAAUAAAUGGCGUCCAAAGUAACAGAUGCUAUAGUCUGGUAUCAAAAAAAGAUUGGGGCGUAUGAUCAGCAAAUAUGGGAAAAAUCUGUAGAGCAAAGAGAAAUCAAGGGAUUAAGGAACAAACCAAAGAAAACUGCACAUGUGAAGCCAGACCUUAUAGAUGUUGAUCUUGUAAGAGGAUCUGCAUUUGCUAAAGCGAAACCUGAAAGUCCUUGGACCUCUCUGACCCGAAAAGGAAUUGUUCGAGUUGUGUUCUUCCCAUUUUUCUUCAGGUGGUGGUUACAAGUCACCUCGAAGGUCAUCUUUUUCUGGCUACUUGUCCUGUACCUCCUUCAAGUUGCCGCAAUAGUAUUAUUUUAUUCAGCUCCAGUCCCACAUAGCAUACCUCUGACUGAAGUAAUUGGGCCAAUAUGGCUGAUGUUGCUACUGGGAACUGUCCAUUGCCAGAUAGUUUCGACCAGAACCCCUAAACCUCCUAUCAGCACAGGAGGUAAAAGAAGAAGGAAAUUAAGAAAAGCUGCACAUUUGGAAGUCCAUAGGGAAGGAGAUGGCUCUAGUACCACAGAUAACACACAGGAAGGAACAGUGCAGACCUACGGUACAAGCACCUCUUACAGUAUUGGCGCUGUCUUCAGAGAUCUCUGGCAUGCUGCUUUCUUUUUAUCAGGAUCAAAGAAAACAAAAAAUUCAAUUGAUAAGUCAACAGAGACUGACAAUGGCUACGUGUCCCUUGAUGGGAAAAAGACAGUUAAAAUCGGUGAAGAUGGAGCACAAAAUAACGAACCCGAGUGUGAAAUCAGUAGGUCAGAAGAGGCAAGCUGGAGCACUGGAACUGUCAGGAAAACCCCUCCAAACAAUGGUCAGAACAAAGACACUCACAGGACUGUAGCGAAUGUGUCAGAUGAAGUUUCAAGUGAGGAGGGCCCUGAAACGGGAUACCCAUUACGCUGCCACCUGGAUAGAACCUCUGACAGUCUCCUUCGAAACCGAAAGCCUCACCUGUAUAAGAAGCACUACCCUAAUGAGGAUGCCCCUAAAUCGGGUACUAGUUGCAGUUCUCGCUGUUCAAGUUCCAGACAAGAUUCUGAAAGCACAAGGCCAGAGUCUGAAACGGAAGAUGUAUUGUGGGAAGAUUUGUUGCACUGUGCUGAAUGCCGUUCUUCUUGUACCAGUGAGAGCGAUGUAGAAAAUCCUCAAGUAAAUCCGUGUGUGAAAAAGGAAUAUAGAGACGACCCUUUCCAUCAGAGUCACUUACCCUGGCUUCACAAUUCCAACCCAGGGCUAGAAAAAGUCAGUGCAAUUGUAUGGGAGGGUAAUGACUGCAAGAAAGCUGACAUGUCUGUCCUUGAAAUCAGUGGAAUUAUUAUGAACCGAGUGAACAGUUAUAUACCAGGAAUAGGAUACCAAAUUUUUGGAAAUGCAAUAUCCUUAAUUCUGGGGUUAACUCCGUUUGUGUUCCGGCUUUCCCAAGCAACAGACUUGGAGCAGCUCACAGCAUAUUCUGCUUCAGAACUUUAUAUCAUUGCAUUUGGCUCAAAUGAAGAUAUCUUGGUCCUCUCUAUGGUUCUGGUCAGCUUCGUGGUCCGAGUGUCUCUUGUCUGGAUCUUCUUUUUUCUCCUUUGUGUGGCAGAGAGAACAUACAAACAGAGACUACUUUUUGCCAAACUUUUUGGACAUUUAACAUCUGCUAGAAGAGCUCGAAAAUCAGAGGUUCCUCAUUUCCGACUGAAGAAAGUGCAGAAUAUAAAAAUGUGGCUCUCUCUACGUUCUUACCUUAAGCGGCGAGGCCCCCAGCGAUCUGUUGAUGUGAUUGUAUCAUCUGCUUUCCUGUUGACCAUUUCUGUUGUUUUUAUCUGCUGUGCUCAGCUGCUCCACGUUCACGAGAUCUUCCUCGAUUGCCACUACAAUUGGGAACUGGUUAUCUGGUGUGUCUCGCUAACACUGUUUCUGCUGAGAUUUGUUACUCUUGGAUCUGAAACAAGUAAAAAAUAUAGCAAUACCUCAAUAUUACUUACUGAACAGAUAAAUUUAUACUUGAAAAUGGAGAAGAAACCCAACAAGAAGGAGGAACUGACCCUGGUGAAUAAUGUUUUGAAACUUGCUACAAAGUUACUGAAGGAAUUGGACAGCCCCUUCAGGUUAUAUGGGCUGACGAUGAACCCGCUGCUUUAUAACAUUACCCAGGUUGUCAUCCUGUCUGCCGUUUCGGGUGUUAUCAGUGACUUACUUGGAUUCAAUUUAAAGCUCUGGAAGAUCAAAUCAUGACAUGCAGAGAACAGAAGAUGAAGCCCAGCACUCUGGAACAAGAGAACUCUGACUAAUAAAAGCUGCCUCAAUACGGUCACUGAAUCUGAGCUUCAGAGCUUCAAGGGCAUAGCUUGGAAAAUCGAAGUGUUUACAUCUGACUGUCUUGUGCAAUCCUUAUAUUUAUUUUACCUUUUCACUGUUUUUUUACACUUAUUUUAGUCUAUAUUUUAUUUUCAAGCAUUGAUAUGCUUAGUUCUCGAAAGGGUGAUAAAACUGAUAUCCACAUACUUGAGAUCCUGGUAAUUGUUCAGACUUAAUUGAAACAUUGAUAGCUCUUGCCAGUAUAAACCACCGCUAAGCACCAUUCCCCCACUGGUUCACUAAGCCAGACUUAUUUAUAACAGUUCAGAAUAGCCCAAACACCUCUUGCUAAACACCUAGCUUUCUGCCAGCAUCCCAAAGUGCAUUAUGUGAGUUCCAAGCCCUGACUGUACAAUCAAAGAAAUAACCAAUUGUCUUUUUUUUUUUUCCAGUAACACUAGAGGCAGUCAGUGUUAUAUGCCUCUCUUGUUUUGGAGACAUUGCCAGGAUCUAACCCGAUUAAGCUGCAGUUUAAACACCCUUCAGUAUUAAUAAACUAAUAUGGGAUUACAUAACAGGUCAACAAGUGCUCUUUGAUAAAACUCUUAAUAGAGCAAUAAUUGUAAAUGGCUACCAUAAUGUAAGGUAUUUUGAUAAAAAUGAACUAGUAAUAAUUGUAUUUAUUUGAAACACUGGGCUGUUCGCACAGCUCCAACUGUGCUUGCUCAAAAUGUGCACUUUUUAAUUGUUACUUUUAGUAUGUAUCUCUCUCUGCCUGGGAUCUGCUGUAGUGGACUGGGACACAAUAUGGUAUCUCAUCUCACAAAUGAAGUGCCUAUUGAUUUUACUAAAUACAGACUUCCCCAGUGCAUUAUGGCAUAUGCUCCCACUUCUGUCACACCCAACUGAACUGAGGACGUUUCUCCCAAAAUGUGUCCCUUGUGCAUAUCUGUUCUAAAAAUCAGUUCCACAAGAUAGACCGUUUGCAAAAUCUGCCCUCCAAAUCUCUUUCUCUCCAAUGAUAAGGGCUAGUCUAGAUCCAGGUAUCCCAGAAAAAUGAUUGUUGACAAGUUGCUAAUGAGUCCAGGAGAGAUCCCUUCAGAUCAGCAGACCUGUUUAUAUCUUGAUGUAAUUUGACAAGAUCCUAUUUAGAGCAGGGCCUUUCAGGCCACUAUAUUUGGAUAAUUGUGAUUUUUUCGUUCUGGUUUCUAUAGGGCAUUUCGAGUGUGUGGAAACUGGAUGUCCUCAUCCCAAGUGAUGUCUGAACCCAAUGCACCAUUUGAAUGUCCUCAAGCCUUUUACAUUUUUAGUGACUUUACACUCAUUUGCAAAUGCACCAUUUUGCUGGUGUAUCCAGUCUUCUCCCUAAAUCACAGUUUUCAGAUAAGGAAUGUGUCAGAUAUCCCUGUUUUCCCCAUUCCUGAGAAUUAGUAUGUAUUUGAGGUUAUUUUGCCUAAUUCGUGUGGUAUAUGAUCUUUAUAUACAGCAACAAAAACAAGUAUUUUUUUUAUUUGCCUGUGUACUAAUAUGUUUAAUAAUGACCAAAGUGCAUUCUGAUGUUUGAAGAAAUGUAUUUACUGGAGCUUUAAGAACAUUUCGGUUUUUCAUGUGAAAAUUUGGCUGCAUUUGAUAUGUUUCUUCUUCCUUUGUUGUCUGAUGUUGGGAUUGUUUUUAGGAAUUAUAUUUUAUAGACAACUUUUCCAAAAUAAGGUACACACCUACACAGAACUUACAUUUUGCACAGAAUAUAUUUUGAGAAAAAAAAGUACAACAUGAGUUCUGCUGGGGGUAAGAGAUGAGACUGUUUUAUCUCAUAAAAACUUUUAUUUCAGAAUGAAAGUAUUUUUGAGAAACUUAAAUGUUAAAUAUAGUGAUUUAAGUAAAAAAGCUUGUUUGGGUUUGAAGUUGGGAGUUGGUUAGUAACUACACUGUACCUCUCAACAAUUUAUUAGGAAUAUGCUGGAUGAUGUCAUUAACAUGGGCAGCAAUGGAAGAACACGAUGACAAUCUGGCAUUGGAGUUGGCACAUUGACAUUAAAGGAGUUCUCAUUGUAGAAGCGUGAAACUUUCAAUUGCUGCCAUUAGGUUUACCAUUAUUAUAUGAAAAUGAAAGAAUCGUUAUAUGUCCCGUAAUAUGGAAAAACAAAACAGUUCAAAUUAGAGGUAAGUGGAGAUGUGGCAGAUAUUGUGUGUUAAUUGUUGUGUUUUGCCACAUGUAUUAUACCUGAAAGUUUGAUCAGCAAGCUUGAAAUAAAGCAUUCUAUGGCUGAUGGUUUUAA